GGGCGCGCUGGGCGACGAGCGGCAGCGGGAGGCCGACCUCGCGAGCGGCCGUUCCCCGCCGGCGCAUCCUUCUCCCCCAAGAUGGCUGAAGGCGGGCAGUGAGCCGGCGGCGGAUGCGGAUGCCUAGCGCGGGCGCGUAGCGGAGCACCAUGUCCGCCUUCGCGCUGGAGGAGACAUUGGAGGCGGACUGGGUGGCGGUGAGGCCCCACGCCUUUCUCGAGCGAGAGAAGCACAAGUUCGCGUUCAUCGUGGCCUGGAACGAGAUCGAGGGCAAGUUCGCCAUCACCUGCCACAACCGGACGGCUCAGCGGCAGCGCAGCGGCUCGCGGGAGUUGCGCCGGGGCAGCCCUGGGGGGCCGGAGGACAGGGCCCCUGCCCAGGUUGACGCCCCCGCGGCCCGCCGGACCCUGGCCUGUGGGGCGGACUCCAGUCCGGCCAGGAGCUCUUCGCAUCCCCGCGUGGACUCGCUGCUCCGGAGCACCGAGAAGGGCGCCGCGGCCGGGGCAGAAGCGAUGCUGAAGAGCCCGCUGCGGACGAAGGCCAGUCCGGUCCGGAGGCCUCCACGCAGCACGGAGGCGUCGUCGUCGAGCCCAGCUGGUGCGGCCGAGGAGAUCGAGGUGCUGGAGCUGGUGAAGGAUGAGCCCGCGGCCCCGUUGCUCUUGUUGCCGGGACCGGUGCAGCAAGGUGCAGAGCCUGCCGCAAACGCGGACUCCUCCGGGGAAGAGUGCAGCUGGGCCGGCCUCUUCUCCUUCCAGGACUUGCGGGCCGUGCAUCAGCAGCUGUGCUCGGUGAACUCGGAGCUAGAGCCCUGCCUGCCCGUCUUCCCCGAGGAGCCCUUAGGCAUGUGGACGGUGUUGUUCGGGGCCCCGCAGCUGUCCGAGCAGGAUAUGGACGCGCUGUGUUACCAGUUACAGGUUUACCUUGGCCAUAGUUUGGACACUUGCGGGUGGAAGAUCCUUUCCCAGGUGCUUUUCACCGAGACCGACGACCCCGAAGAGUACUACGAGAGCCUGAGUGAACUCCGGCAGAAGGGCUACGAAGAGGUGCUGCAGCGGGCUCGCAAACGCAUCCAGGAGCUGUUGGAAAAACACAAGAAUACAGAAAGCAUGGUAGAACUGCUUGAACUGUAUCAAAUGGAAGAUGAAGCCUACAGUAGUCUUGCAGAAGCCACCACAGAACUGUACCAAUACCUACUACAGCCAUUCCGAGAUAUGAGGGAACUUGCAAUGCUCAGAAGACAGCAGAUCAAGAUCUCCAUAGAGAAUGAUUACCUAGGCCCCAGGAGGAUUGAGAGCCUACAAAAAGAAGAUGCAGAUUGGCAGCGGAAAGCCCACAUGGCUGUCCUUUCUAUUCAGGAUCUUACUGUUAAGUACUUCGAAAUAACAGCCAAAGCACAGAAAGCUGUGUAUGAUCGAAUGCGAGCAGAUCAGAAAAGGUUUGGUAAGGCAGCAUGGGCAGCAGCAGUAGAACGUAUGGAAAAGUUGCAGUAUGCAGUUUCUAAGGAGACUCUGCAGCUGAUGAGAGCUAAAGAAAUCUGUUUGGAGCAGAAGAAACAUGCACUGAAAGAAGAGAUGCAGAGUUUGCAAGGUGGUACAGAAGCCAUACCCCAUUUGGACCAGUUGGAAGCUGAUUAUUAUGAUCUACAGCUUCAGUUGUAUGAAGUGCAGUUUGAGAUUUUGAAGUAUGAAGAGCUGCUGCUGACAGCACAACUUGAAAGCAUCAAAAGACUAGUGUCAGAGAAGAGAGAUGAAGUGGUAUAUUACGAUACUUAUGAAAGUAUGGAAGCCAUGCUUGAAAAAGAAGAUAUGGCAACAUCUAUACACUUGCAAAGAGAGGAGCUGCAGAAGUUGCAACAGAAAAUCCGCCAGCUGGAAGCAAGGCGUGGACGCAUUUCAGCCAAGAAAGCUUACCUCAGAAAUAAAAAGGAGAUCUGUAUCACAAAGCAUAAAGAAAAGUUCCAGCAGCGCCAUCAGAGUGAAGAGAAAUACAGAAUACAUCAUACUGUGCAGCUAAAGCAAGAUCAGCUGCAAGAUGAAGAGGAAAGAAAGAGCUCCUGGGUUAGUCAGGAGCGACAGAAAACACUGGACAGACUUCGUACGUUUAAACAGCGGUACCCUGGGCAAGUAAUACUUAAAUCAACCAGACUGCGACUGGCUCAUGCAAGAAGUAGUAGUACACCCAGCUCAGUGCCCUGUAUAGAUCAACCUCAAUCUCUACCAGUAACCACGCAGAUCCAGAAGAAAACUGAGGAGGUGGAAUCAGGAAAAGUAAUCCAGCCUUUCCAAACCCAGGAGCUCAGAAGCUUAGAACAACUUGAAGAUAGUUCAUUACCUCCCAGUGGCAUUACCUCUGAACUGUCUCAUCAUACAACUCCUCCUCUUUUUCCCAGUAAUGAGCUUCAACCAGAUACUGUUACUGUAGUUCCACUUCCGCCUCCUUUGCCGCCGCCGCCACCGCCGCUGCCACCUCUGCCUAUCAAGGAAGAUUCUACUGAAUCUUUAGAGAAAAGUGACAGCCCUGUUAAACAGGAGAGUGAGGAUACAGGAGUCCCACAGUCUACCACUGUCCCAUCAGCACAUCUUUUUGAUAGCAGUCAGUUAGUCAGUGCCAAGAAGAAACUUAAGAAGACAGAUCUAGAGGGUUUACAAAGGAGGAGAGUGAGUUCCCCAAUGGAUGAGGUGCUGGCUUCCUUGAAGCGUGGUAGUUUUCACCUAAGAAAAGUUGAGCAGAGAAAUCUCCCUCCUUUCCCUGAUGAAGAUGACAGCAAUAACAUCUUGGCACAGAUAAGAAAAGGGGUGAAACUGAAGAAGGUGCAGAAAGAAGUUCUGAGAGAGUCUUUUACAAUUCUGCCUGACACUGACCCUUUAACACGUAGCAUCCAUGAAGCACUGCGAAGAAUUAAGGAGGCAUCACCUGAAUCAGAAGAUGAAGAGGAGAGUUUGACUUGCACAGACUGGGAAAAUUAACCUGUAACUAGCAGCCACUGAAGAAAGGAAAAAAACAACAACAAAAAAUACCCCACAGCUAGAGAUCAAUCUUCCUCUUCAUUUCAGAAAAUUCAAAGCCAGCAAUUUUGACCAUCAGCUGCAUGGUAGAAAAAGGCUUCUUUUGGCAAAUGAUUGAGUAUGUGAAAAAACAUGAAACAUUGAUUUUUUUCAGAUUAUUUUUUAUUCCUUCCACACGUGCAAGGUUGGACAAAAAGCUAAGUUGUUUAGAUAUGCAUUUUAUAUAACUGUAAUGAGAAAAGGGUGUUCAGGAUGUUUUCUCAAUUAUUUAAGCACUUUUUACAUUUGCGUUAGUAUAUAUGGCCAGUUAAGUGAGGGAACGUUUUAAGUGGGAAGAAUGCUGCAUUGAUAAAGCUACUGGGGGAUGCAGUUAAAACAUCAGGACAGCUAUGAAACCUACUUUUCAGUACACUGAAAAUAUCAUCUGCUUGAAAAACAAAUUUAAUAGCUGUUCCACAAUAGCUAAAAUUCAGAUAGAGAUGCAACUAAGAUCUCUUUAGUUAUUCUUCUCACUGCAAAGAAAUGUAUGUUAGUAUGAAAAAUAACAACAACAAAUGGCUGCACAGUCUAAGUACCGUAAUAGUGGAAUACAUGUAUUUAAGAAUGUAUGGGUUUACAGUAUGGUACACUUAACAUGGCAUAUUGCAGCAACUUUUUAGAAGGUCAUAUAUAAUCUUACACCCUACAUUUUAAAAGUAGAUUUUCCAUGCUCUUUUAAACAGUAAUAUUUAGGUGAGAUGAACUGAGUUAAUAGUUAUACCAUACAUACAAAUUUGUUAUAAGCAGCAAUAUUUUGUAAUUUGAUAAUACUUAACAUUAUUUUUCUCUGUUAGCUUGAACUGUUCUUGUUUGAUUACUGUAAGCAACCUUCUUUACUUUAUUUAAGGAGAACGCAGGACUUAAACAUAUUAACAUCACUUACGGAAGUUAUGCUUCUCUGUUAGUUGUUAAUAUUUCCUUUAGUAGCUACAAAAAAAUCAACAUACCUAACAGCCCGUUUGGCUGAAAACUACACUUCCUUUUAAUGCUGGCUGUAUGUGGCUCUAAAUGAGGGGAGGGUACAGUUUUCAAUAUAGUGAGAACUUAAAAAGAAAUAAUCCUAAACUGCAUGACUAAUAGCUGCGGGCAGCUAGUUUUAUAAUGCCAGAGUACUUAGAACUCUGUAUAAGAUGUACCUCUAAGUAAUCUUGUACUAUGUUAAAGGCUCCAUGUAAUGUUUGUUAGUUGAGAAACACUCAAGUUACAUGAAAGUCUUGACCAGCUUUUUAUUUUUAUUAAAAUUUUACGUACUGUUUGAGAGGCACGCCACCCCUUUCCUUUUAUAAAAUGAUAUUUUUGUUCAGUAUUCGCUUUAUGAAGGACAAAUGACUGUACUCAUUUUCAUCUAGAAGCAGAUUCAUGAAUUGCUACUGUUGUGUAAGGGAGUACAUAUUCUUCUUUAACUUUUAUAACAGUUCUUCUUAAAAUAGUUGUGGGAGCAAGAAUACUUACCUUGGCAAUAGGUUAUAUAACCAAAAUGAACCUCAGAUCUUGGAACCUUUAGGCUGUUCUACAAUUAUUGUCCUGAAUAAUAAAGAUCUGUCGUGUUUUGAAAGAUAAUUUGCCACACUAUACUUAGCAUUGAUAAGCAUUUUUCUUGAUUUUUUUUUUUUUGGCCUUAUUUAUAAUGUCUAGUGAAACAUUUUCAUUUUCAAAAGAAAUGUUUAUGAGCAGCAUUUUUCAGAAAUGAUACCAGUUUUGCCCCAGGUAUCAGGUUUGGGGCAGUAUUUUUCUUGGAUGUAUCACAGAACUGAUGCUCUCUCCAUCAUUCGCUUGUCAAGGACUUGACAACUUAAGUUUCUUCCCAGUUUAUUUCUAUGGUUUUACAUCUAACUCAUCAUUUCAAAAUUUAUCAUGUGUAAUCAUUUAGCAUAGAUCAUAAAUGUAAGUAGUUUGUGUGCCGACGGUUUACAGGCAUCCAUAUUCCAGAUUACAUUACACUAUAAACUGGGUCCAAUGUAUUAAUUUUUAGCUGUCGCACAAAACAGAAGUAGUAUCUGCAAAUUAGAAUGAUAUAGUGCUGCAAGAAACAAAAGUGCAGAUUGGACAGUGUGCAUAAACUCUUGAGUUGGGGGGUGAAUAGUGUAAUUUGAAAAACAGGCAUAAUGUUCCUUCCCCUUACACUAAAUUUAUUAUCCACAAAUUUAUCACUAUAUAGGGAGAUGUUUAAAUAGCUCUGUACUGUGUUCUCAGAUUUAUCUACAUAUGAUUUGUCAACGUUGCCUUGAAAACUUGUUCAUGAUAAAAAAUAAACCUGUCCUUGAUACUUAUAUUUAGUUAAAAUAUUAGAUUCCUGACUGAGUCUGUAUACAUUGCUUAAUAGGAAUAUCAUAUUUUAUGCACAUGCACACAAAAGAUAGUUGCUGUGCUGAGCAUAACAGUUUAUAUCAAAUUCAAACUGCAACUUUAAAAAGGAAAGGUGUGUGUUUUCUAGAGAAUAUUAAAAAUCAGAUUUUAAUCUAAAGUAGUUACUGGAUGUCACAGUUUCAAAUAGUUCUUCAAUUUAAUAGCCAUUUACAAUUCCAUGCAUAAAAAUACUCCCAGUGCUUUUAGAUGAUGAUUUAUACUGGUAUUGCAAUAAGUUAUAUGGGGAAAGUCCAACUACUUUCACAAGUGUUAGAGAAAUUGACAAUCCUUGCUGUAACUGACAGUAGGUUUAUUGAACAGCUCUGCACUUGAGAGACCAUGGGAACCAUCACUAUGGGGAUGGCAUUAAUACUUGUGUAUAAAAGGAAAAAAAGCUUGCACAUAAAAUGAUCACUAGAGAUUUUCAGUAUUUGCUUUUCAUGGAUGCACAACAUCAGAUUUGCUGAAUUGUUCUGUUCCUAGCCACUGAUCUUCAACAAUUGCUCAUCUUUUGCACAUUUUACAUGCCAACAAUACUUGCUUGUUUAUUCAAAAAUAGAGCUGUUUGGUAGUGAAAUGGGUUCAUUGAGGUAAGGAAUUGGAAUUUCCCAAUCUGAAAUACAUAUAAAUUCAGGAAGCAUGAGUAUAUACUGUACUUUGGGGACUGAGAAUUUAUCAGUGAGAAAAAGGAAUUAAAAUGGUUUAUUAGAGCAACCAAAAAUGAAAGGUAAACAACAAGUGUCUUUAGAUCAGGAAUGGGAUUAGCAUUUAUUUCAAUUUCUGUACCUCCCUUCAGUAGUCCCAAAAUCCAUUAAAAAUGACUAACUUUCUUAUUUUAUUCACUUUUGCAUAUUAUGUUUGCGUAUUUUGAGUGUGAUUUAGUUUCAAAGCAUAGAUGAAAGUUUUGUUUCUCUUUUUUAAAUGUUAAAGAUAUCUUUAAAAAGUUUAGGAGCCUGUAUUCAACAACACAUAGCUGUUAAAUAAAUAAACUUGAUCAGAUAUUGUGUUGUUCAAUGGCUGCAUCAGGGACUUUGUGUUCAAUAGACUUCAUCAGAUUCUUUGUAAAGAAUCACUUUGCCUUUCAGCAUUAUGUUCUGUAAAGUCAAAAAUCUUCAAACUCUGAGCAGUUCUUUAUUGAAAUGCAACCAGUUGAGACGAGGAAGCAGAAACUUUCAUUAGUUAAUGUUCUCUUUUAUUCCCUUUGUUGCACUGAAUUUAAAGACUGUAACUGUAAAUUAAGGUUACUUGUAGUUUAAGCAGCUGUUUUCAUUGUAAUGCUUAUGUACUUACUUUACCUGUGUUAUUUCUGGUAAUGAUUCCAUAAGCAUGAAGCAAGAUACUAUGUAUAAUGUUAGAGAAUCAAUAUACUACAGAGAAGCAGUAAGAACUGGAAGCGUCUUAUUGACAGAGCAUGUUGCAUUUACUGAAUGCUAACAGGGCUGCCAAGAGCAGGUGUGGGCCCUGGUAAAAAAAAAUUUUUCAAGCCCCUCAGCAAGGGUGGACUGGCUAAAACGGGGCCGACAAAGCCAGG